GCCAGCCCCAGCCAAGUACGUACUCCAUACAUAUACCUCGGCUCACUGCCUAAAGCUGCUCGCCUGCUCUGCUCUGCCUCGGCUCGCCAAGAAAUACAGAAACAGGGUAAGGGGAGGAGACUUGUCCUGUCACUUCCCGGCUCUCACUCUCGGCACGCGGCUGGGUUUCCUCCUCCUGAUCGAGCGGAGAACAGUGGCGGUGCCGGUGCUCAGCCGAGAGGUCAGCUCAGCGUCAGGAGCUCGGAGCAGUGGACUGAUUACCUCCCUCUCUCUUUCUCUCCGUGUGCGCGCACGAGGUGCUGCUCUCUCUUCUCCAUUAAUUCCUUUUUGGAAGUGAAGCGAUCCUCCCCGUGGGUCUGCUGCCCGGAGGCUGGAGCUAGAAGAAGGAGCGGGGUAGAUAGCUUGGCUUGCUCGCUCCCCUUUCUGCUUCCUUCCAGGUCUGCUUUGCCGCUCAUCUUCCAGUCCCAGCGGCCGUGGCGGCAUGGACGGCAAUGGGAGAUCGGCGGCGAGCCACAAGAAGCCUCUCGUCGCGGACAACGACCUGGUGGAGCUGCUGUGGCACAACGGGGCCGUCGUCGCGCAGCCGCAGACGCACCCGAGGCCGGCGCCCAGCGGCCUCGCCGGCGGUGGCGGGGAGACGGCCGCGUGGUUCCGGGACGACGUCGACGUGCUGGGAAACGACGUCUACGCGCAGCUCUGGAACAGCAUUGCGGUGGGCGCCGCCCCGGACGUCGCGUGCGCGGCGCUCCCGGGGCCCAGCUCCCACCCUCCCCCGCCGCCGCCGCCGAUGCGGAGCCGCAUCGCCUCCAGCUGGACCGGCGGGGACAUCGGCUCCACCUUCUGCGGCAGCAACCUGGUCCCGGAGGUGCCGGCGGGGGGCAGGGAGGAAGCGAGCGCCGCACCGCCGUCCGAGGGGACGCGCGGGGCGAGCACCCGCGACGGCGGCGCCGGCACCUCGUCGUCCGGCGGGUCCGGGAGCAACUUCGGGGGCUCCGGCCUGCCGAGCGAGAGCGGCGGCCGUGCCCACAAGAGGAAGGGGAGGGGCAAAGACGACUCCGAUAGCCGCAGCGAGGAUGUGGAGUGUGAGGCGACCGAGGAGACCAAAUCGUCGAGGCGACACGGGUCGAAGCGGAGGAGCAGAGCAGCUGAAGUUCAUAACCAGUCAGAGAGGAGACGAAGGGACCGGAUCAACGAAAAGAUGCGGUCACUUCAAGAACUCAUACCCCACUGCAACAAGGCUGACAAAGCAUCAAUAUUAGAUGAGGCGAUCGAGUACUUAAAGUCCCUCCAAAUGCAAGUUCAGAUCAUGUGGAUGACCACCGGGAUGGCGCCAAUGAUGUUUCCUGGUGCUCACCAGUUCAUGCCGCCGAUGGCCGUGGGCAUGAAUUCGGCAUGCAUGCCUGCGGCACAGGGUUUAAAUCAGAUGGCAAGAAUGCCAUACAUGAACCAUUCAUUGUCAAACCACAUCCCUAUGAACCCAUCUCCAGCAAUGAACCCUAUGUACAUUGCAAACCAGAUGCAAAACAUUCAGCUGAGAGAAGCAAGUAACCAUUUCCUUCACCCAGAUAGCGGGCUAGCAGCGGCACCUCAGGUAGCAGGACCAUAUGCUUAUACACCACAAGUAGCACCGAAAAGCCAGAUACCGGAAGUGCCGGAUUGUACUGUUGCGCCAAUUUCUGGGCCCGGACAACCACCUGCACCUGAUGGAAUUUAGAGUGACCUUGAACUAGGUAUGGACUGUGUCGACAACCUGCACAUGGGCCAUCCUUCUGGAAUUUUCUGAAAAUACCAACAUGAUGAGCAGAUAGUACCCAUAUUGCUGUUAUAUGUCUCGAUCAAUAUGCGUCUGGCAUAAAUACUAGAAGAAUUGUAAAUGCAGAUAACACUGUUCCCUCCCAUUUAUGUCAGAAAAGUAUAUCGUCAGUACGCGUCUAA